GAUUCGUCGUGACGAAUCCCACUUCUAUGCCAUUCGAAUGCAACAUUGUUGAGCUGAUUUGCACUAGAUCGAUGAUCGCCAUCUCGCUGAAUUCUCCCAUUCCUUUGUGAAUCCAUCGAUCAUUUUGUGUCCAGGUCUUUUGACGCUACUGGGUCGUGAUGUAGUGCCAUUUCUCAGUGUGUUGUUGCGUGUCUUUGCUCACCCUUGCGCAAUUGGGUCGAUCGGUGUUUGUUUCAUGUGAUUGCUUUGAGUUUUCGUCCCAACGGAAUUGGUGCAUCGGCCGCAAUGAACUACGAUGAGCUGACGCGGCGGGAAUUGCAGGCCUUGUGUAAAGAGCAUGGAUUGCCAGCCAACAAGACCAAUGCAGUCAUGGCCGAUUCCUUGGCCAGCUUGCUCUCGGAUUCGAAUCAGAGCAUUCGGACGCGUGCUCCAGUUUCUACUCCGCCCACGACCAAGUGGGCAAGCAAAACUAGGUCUCUGUCCAAGCCUGAGAGGCUGGAGACUUCUCUUGCUGCUCUCAUAUUGGCAUCAUCCGAGAAACCUCGAGGUAAUGGCAGGCAGGAUACGCUUUUGAAUCAAUCCAGGGAUUUGCCACUGGAAAGGGAAUUGUUUGUUAAACCCGCAUUAGUGUUUUUGACGCCUACUAAACUUGCCCAUAGUACUCUCCUGCCGAAUACAACUCCUCUCCGGCGGAGGAAGAAAACUAGUGUAUCGAUUCUUCAGCCAGGCGCUGAAGACACAACCCCUAGAGAUGCUACACAAGUAGUUCCUGAAGACUCUAAUGAAAAUCUCAGGCUUCAGCAUGAGGAGAUAGAAAUAUGUAUGAGUCAGGCAAUCACGGGGUCGACGCACGAGUCUCAAUUUACACCUGUUCGCGAUGUUGCCAGAGAUAUUCAUGGUUCUUCAGAAACCAGAAAGCAUAUCCUACAGGAUGUUGCGGAAUCGAGAACCGAUGCUGUGAUAGAGCUGAAAGAAGAAAGGCAAUUCGACCCCCCUCAUGAAUUAGAGCCUUUGACGAGGUCCUCUGCUCUUGAUCAAGAUUGCCAGACCGAGUCUAGCUCUACACAGGAGUGUGUCCAACAUGUCCUGAGUCCGCUUCUUCGAGUCACAAGUAACGUCGACACCUUGAUAAAACGAGCCACUGGGAUGCUGGAAAAAUUUGAACAAUGGAAGGUCAACAUUUAUAACGAAGUCGUUCACAACUCUUCAAGUCAAACGCAGUUGUGUGUGAAGUAUGAGCAGCCAUGUUCCAUGAAUUCUUCGUUUGAUAAGAAAAACAAUUUUUCUGAAAGUCCUUGCAAGAGUAUGAGUUUACGGAUUCGUCAAGCUGGCUACAUUGGUCUCACUUCUCCACUGCCGGACCGAAAGGAGGGCAUAUUGAGAGACUUGGUCUCGAAUGUUAACACCCAAAGUAUGUUCUAAACCUUGUCAUGUGGGUCCCGACUUUUAUUAGAGACUUUUGAGCAGGAUCAUGAGCUCAUAUCUAUGCAUGACGGAGCUGAUCACGAACUUUGUGCUCACAUGGGUCGGAACUGAAUAGGAGCUUAGAAACAAAGUGCAGACUACACCGGUAGCCUUGGAAACAAGUAAGGCCAAUGGGGAUCUGAGCUGGCUUCGUCACCUGCAUCUAAAUCUACGACAUGUAAGACAACUUACACAAGCACACGUGCAGUUUCGAGCCACUCAAAGCUCUGGGUUUGUCAUUAAACCCAGAGCUCCUCGUUCAUGAGGUGAGCGAGAGGGAAGAGGUGACGCCAGACAAUUUGGUGCUUGAGCCAUAAUUCAUGGGUAUAAUCUAUCGAAGUCUUGUCUUGUAGAGCCUGAUGCAGAUCUUCUUUGGCUCUAAUUUUUUUUAUUUUUUAUUGGAAAACUGUGAUCUCUCAGUGAAUCUGUUUUUGUGGAACGAUCAACAGCUUUAUCAAACUGAAUGUAGGAACAUCGCUGGUGUUCGAAUUCAGCUUAAUGCCUUCUGAUAUUCUGUUCUGAGGCUGUGUUUAUAUUUAUAUAAAUGCAUAUUUAUAUAUAUACACACAUUCGUGAGAUGAUAAUUUUGUUCUGUUAUACUUCAGCAGAUUCAAGCAUCAGAAAGAACUGGGGUUGUAUUUUUUUUAAAACCUUAUUUACAAUUCAAGUGUCGAUUUUCUUCAUGGAU